AUGUCCGCCGCCAACACCAACAACACCAACACGGAUGCUGCCGUUAAUGACGUCGCAAACACUCUGAGCAAUACCUCCAUCAGCAACAAGCCUGCCGAUGACAAGACCGCUGCCAACGAGGCCGCUUCGGCCAGCGCUGCUGAGGGCCGCCGCCUCUACAUCGGCAACCUGGCCUAUGCGACAACUGAGGGGGAGUUGAAGGACUUCUUCAAGAGCUACCUUGUCGAGUCUGUCUCGAUCCCUAAGAACCCUCGUACUGACCGACCUGUCGGUUACGCUUUUGUCGAUCUCUCUACCCCUACCGAGGCCGAGCGUGCUAUCGAGGAGCUUUCCGGCAAGGAGAUCCUCGAGCGUAAGGUUUCCGUCCAGCUCGCUCGCAAGCCCGAGCCUGCUGGUGAGAAGUCAGAGGGUGCUAACGGUGAGGGCUCCGGUGCUGAGGGCUCUCGUCGUCGAGCUUCGGGACGUGGCCGAGCUCGUGGCCGUGGCCGUGGAGGCCGCACUGCCCGCGCUGGUCGUGACGGUGCUGAGAAGAAGGAGGGUGAAACUACUGAGGCCGCUGCCGCUACUGAUGAUGCUGCCCCCACAGCCGCUGCUCCUGCCACCACUGAGGUUCAACCUUUGUCCGACAUUACAAACAAGAUCAACACUGACGAGAACACAAAGACCUCCAAGACCCAGGCUCGCCCCCAACGUGAGCGCCGUGAGCGGGGUCCUCCCGCUGAUGGAGUUCCUUCCAAGACCAAGGUUAUGGUUGCCAACCUGCCUUACGACCUGACUGAGGAUAAGCUUAUCGAGCUUUUCAAGGCUUAUGAGCCCUCUUCCGCCAAGAUCGCUCUUCGACCUAUUCCCCGAUUCAUGAUCAAGAAGCUCCAGGCUCGUGGUGAGGCCCGCAAGGGUCGUGGUUUCGGCUUUGUCACUCUGGCUUCCGAGGAGCUCCAGCAGAAGGCUGUUUCUGAGAUGAACGGAAAGGAGAUUGAGGGCCGUGAGAUUGCCGUCAAGGUUGCCAUUGACAGCCCUGACAAGACUGAUGAGGAGCAUGAGGGUGAUGCUACCAACGGACAGAAGGAGGCUGCCCCUGCUACUGAGGCCGCCCCUGCUACUGGCGCCGAGGCUGCUGCCGCUCCUGCUCCUGCUGCCCCCAAGGCGGCUGAGGCUGCUCCCGCCUCUACCACUCCCACCACCACUGCCUAA